CUAUCCACUUCUGCUUUUUGUCCACACUCUACAUGAUGGAAGGCUUAUUUUGGUGAAAACAGUAAUUCCCGUUCCUCGCCCACAGUUCUGUGUUUUACAGUCAGUCAGAUGUCGAAAGAAAUGAAUAAGCAGCUGUCUCUGCCGACGGAUGCUGAUCAGUGCAAGUUGCAGUGUCCCUGUAGUUUAAUUGCUAAGGUGAAAACCUCGGCACGUGAGCGUAGCCUAGGUUAGAUUAGAAAAAGCAGCUAAAAUAUGAUCUAAAUAAAUGAAACCUGCCCUGAUACAGCUAGGCUAUUUUAAUGUUAGCUCAUUCGAACAUUCAAAUUAUAAGUGGCACUAUGGAUAUUAGCCUAUUAAGAGAGACCACAAUAAAUUAGAUUUAAUCUGUGUAGGCACUGUAUUUUUUCCAUUCAAUAGGCCUACGUUUAUUUAGUUUGACUGAGCCUAAUUUUCUAGGGUGGAUAGUCAGCGUGGUGAUUGUAUUAAACAAUUUCGGUUUCGUUUUCAAACCAAGAGAACAAGGAAACUUACAUUGACAACUUAGUCUAGCGUCGUUGUCAGAAUGGCUCUUCUCGACGUCUGUGGAAUAUCAGAUUGGGUGAAAGAGGACGAUUUCAAGACAGCGUCUGUCGAUAAAGUUAACCACUUCAGUUUUGCUGCUCGGACACCUGAGUUUGCAGUUCCAAUAGGUGUGGAUCCUGCCAAGUUUCUGAACCCUCUCACAGACAGUGAAGAUGGAGUUGAUGGUGUUAAAAUUAAAUUGGAACAUGGGACCACCACUCUUGCUUUCAAAUUUCAACAUGGAGUAAUGGUGGCUGUUGACUCCAGGGCAUCCGCUGGAUCCUACGUUAGUACUCAGAUGUUCAAGAAGGUGAUUGAGAUUAAUCCCUACCUACUGGGAACAAUGUCUGGUAGCGCAGCUGAUUGUGUUUACUGGGAGAGAGUUCUUGCCAAAGAAUGCAGGAUAUACAAGUUAAGAAAUAAGGAGAGGAUUUCUGUCUCUGCUGCCUCCAAACUCCUGGCUAAUAUGGUGGUGAGCUACCGUGGCAUGGGGCUCUCCAUGGGGACCAUGAUAUGUGGUUGGGACAAGAAGGGACCUGGGUUAUAUUAUGUAGAUGACAAUGGACUCAGACUAAGUGGCCAUAUGUUUUCCACUGGAUCUGGCAACUCUUAUGCUUAUGGUGUGAUGGAUAGUGGCUACCGGUAUGACCUCUCUGUACCUGAGGCAUAUGACUUGGCCCAAAGGGCUAUCUUCCAUGCAACACAUAGAGAUGCAUACUCAGGAGGAACUGUAAACAUGUACCACAUGCAGGAGACGGGUUGGAUCAAAGUGUCACAGGAAGAUGUUGGGGAGCUGUAUCACCGUUUUGCUAAAGAGAAGAAGUGAACCUGAUUCCAACUCAACUCACAAUACAGAAAUCUUAAUAACUAUCUUAUUGGCAGUAAACUCACAUUUUUAACUGUGGAAUGUAGUUUUCACUAGCCAGAGCUCUAAUGUACUUGGAAACUCCACAAAACUAUUUUGUAAUUGCUGCAUUCAUUAAAACAGAACUGGAUAUCUCUCUA